CCUCAGUAGCUUCGCGUGCGCCGUUGAUACAAUGCUUUGUGAGUCUACAGCACCCUCUGAGAGCUACUGGCCGGGCCCCUCGUCUCCGCCACUCGGCCCAACAGCAGCAGUAACUGCCACCGCGGUGGGAGGGACGACGGAGGAUGUUGUUCUAGAAGUCCACCACCUCUCCCCUGCGCCAUCCUUCGAAGCCCCGGAUAAAGACGAAGAGAGCACUGACUAUUCCACGCUGCCAUGUGCUUCUGGUACUGGCAGCAGCAGCAGCGGUAGUAGUAGUACCAGUGCCACGGGGGUGUCUCCCUUGGUAUAUUUCUUGAGGAAAGCCAAGUCUUUGAAAAUGUCCCUCUCUCAGACGAUAGAGCAGCAGCAACAGACGCUGCAACUGCUGCUACUGCAUCCCCGCCUUGCACCGCCCUCCCUAGAAGCCCCCUGUUGCUGGUGCUCAGCUGCCAUCGCGCCGCAGCAAGAGGAGCGGCAGGGCAGCUGCGUUGUACUGCUGCAGAUAGAAAUGAUGCAGGAGCUGCUGCAGCAGGCAAGUUCUCAGCUGAAGCAACAGCAGUGGGAUUUGCAACGGGGUGAGGCCGAACUGCAUGCCCAGCAGCAGCAGCAGCAGGAAGGAUUUUACAACUUGUUGUCGCAUUGGCAGCAGCAACAACAGCGGCAGCAGAUCGCAGCAGCAGCAGCCGAACUGCGAAUACGUCGCAGUGUGCUGAAGCAUCAAUGUGAACAGCUCAAUGAGGCGGUCCUGUUGCAGCAACGGCUCCAGCAGGAGGCCAGGGCCAGAUGGCUCAUGGAAGCGGCAGAUCAAAUCCGGACAUGUGAGGCUCUUGCUGAUGCUGUAGUUACCACCAUCGUUUACUGCAGAUGCUCCGCUGCUAGUGGUGUGUGGCGAUUUGAAGCAAGUAGGGAAAUCGGCCUCGUUGGCAGUCAACUGCGCGAAAAGAGGAUCAAGCUGCUCCGGCUCGAAGAGAGGUUGCGAGAAUUGCAACAGCUCACCUCCCUGCUUCAGCAGGAGCAACACAAACGGCAAGAUCAGCAACAGCAGCUGGCAGCUGUAACAACGCAUAGCCAAAAGCUGACGGCUGCUGCAUGCACCGAUUUGCUGCUGGCACAUAAGUACCGUGGGGAGGCACUUAAGGCUUCUCUGGUCAACCCAGAAUUACGAAAAGAACAACAGAAGCCACGGCCAGAAGGCAAGGCCAUACCUGUCAGACCAUUAUGCAAGCACACAUUGAAAGCGAGCCGGCCCCGCGAAUAA